AUGAUUUCACAGGGCAACCAAAUAGGUUCUGCCUUCUGGCAGACUAUUGCCGGCGAGCACGGCCUAGAUAGUAAUGGCAUAUACCAUGGAGACUCCGACCUGCAACUCGAUCGGAUGAGCGUCUACUUUACCGAGGCGUCCGGCAACAAAUAUGUCCCACGCGCUGUGCUCGUGGACCUAGAGCCUGGUACGAUGGAUGCGGUUCGCGCCGGCCCAUUCGGUCAGCUAUUUCGCCCAGACAAUUUCGUCUUUGGACAGUCAAGCGCCGGCAACAACUGGGCCAAGGGCCACUACACUGAAGGCGCUGAAUUGGUCGACCAGGUGCUCGACGUAGUUCGUCGCGAGGCCGAGGGCUGCGACUGCCUGCAGGGCUUCCAAAUCGCUCACUCGCUCGGCGGCGGUACUGGCUCCGGUAUGGGUACGCUGCUGAUUUCUAAGAUUCGCGAAGGAACAGAGUUCCCGGAUAGGAUGAUGGCUACUUUUAGCGUCGUGCCGUCGCCAAAAGUGUCAGACACCGUGGUGGAGCCAUAUAACGCCACUUUAUCCGUGCAUCAGUUGGUUGAGAACUCGGACGCAACUUUUUGCAUCGACAAUGAGGCACUGCUAGAUAUUUGCAUGCGUACAUUGAAAAUAUCGAACCCUUCGUACGGCGAUCUCAAUCAUCUUGUAUCCGCCGUCAUGUCCGGUAUCUCAACUUCAUUGCGCUUCCCCGGCCAGCUGAAUUCGGAUUUGCGAAAGAUGGCCGUAAACAUGGUUCCCUUUCCGCGUCUACACUUCUUCAUGGUUGGCUUCGCACCACUAACCAGUCGUGGCGCGCACUCCUUCCGCGCUGUUACCGUACCCGAGUUGACCCAGCAGUUGUUCGACCCCAAGAACAUGAUGGCCGGCUCCGACUUCCGUAAUGGUCGGUACCUCACCUGCUCCGCUAUCUUCCGUGGCAAAGUGUCCAUGAAGGAGGUGGAGGAUCAGAUGCACAACUUGCAGGGAAAGAACUCGGCUUAUUUCGUCGAAUGGAUCCCCAAUAACAUACAAACGUCGUCAUGCUCCGUCCCCCCACAAGGUCUGAAAAUGUCGUCCACAUUUAUCGGCAAUUCGACCGCCAUCCAGGAGAUUUUCAAGCGCGUUGGCGAGCAGUUCACCGCCAUGUUUCGCCGCAAGGCAUUUCUGCACUGGUACACGGGAGAGGGCAUGGACGAAAUGGAGUUUACGGAAGCCGAGUCCAACAUGAAUGACUUGGUAUCAGAGUACCAGCAGUAUCAGAAUGCGACCGCGUACGACGAGGAGGAGGAGGACGGAUAUCGUGAGGAGGAUUAUGCCGAGGAGGAGGUCCCAGGUGAGGGGCUCACCUAA